GACGUGGCGAUUGCUCUGGCCACCUACUACGACAAGGACCGGGAGUGUUACGGCAGCAAUAGCUACAACUACACUGGGAACCACGGCGACAACAACCUCAGGCACAACUGGAAUCAAAGCUACGACCAGGGCCAUAGCUACACCCACCCAGAGGGCCUCAUCAACCAAG